UGUGUUUGGGACCUUUUUCACCUUCUUCUUCUUCUUGUGCUUCUUUGCCAUCACAUUAUCCUCUCUUCUCCUCGCCUCUUGCUUGAGUCAAGUCACUCUGGCUUCUCCAGUCUCCCUUUCAUCCAUGAUCAUCUUCCCUCUUCGACUCUCAGUUUAGCAUCCUCGUCUACCCAUCGCGUAUUGUUUUGACUUGUUCCCCCAUCAUGCCUCGCGAGAGGGCCACCUCGGAUCCCCUCUCGCCAAGCAUGGAUACCUCCUCUUCCUCCUCGUUCAGGCAAAGAUCAAACGACCGAGAUGAUAUCCAACCACUACGAGGAGAGUCAAAUCCAGCCUACAACGCCGAUCUGACGGCUGAAUCUCUCGCUCGACUGAGUCUCAUCUCGAGACCUCCCAGAUGGCAAUCAUCCCCUCUUGGCUCCUCGUCUCAUCCUGCAAACACCGCUCUUCCACCACCAAUGGCGCAGCAGUGGCUGGAUACCAGCGGUACACCCUCUGUGACUUCUAUCUCGGACGAGGAGGAUGGAGAGGAGGGCGAGGUGGACAUAUCUAUGAACGAGGAAAAAGUUCAAGCUUGGAUCCUGAAGGGAAAGUCGAAAGCUGUAGAACAAGGCUCUGAAACGAGACAAGAAUCACAGACAGAUGGCUCGUCGAGAAGCGGAGGGAACAGCAACGUUGGCGAGCUUCCUCCAGAGAUUCUCUUGCAAAUAUUUCGCUUCUUGAACAACCCGAAAGAUCUCUCCAAUGCCUUACUCGUCUCUCGCAUGUGGUCCGUAUGCGCCUAUCCAGUUCUAUGGGCUCACCCGAACCUACACAACGUCCGACAAUUGGCCUCGCUUACCCGCGUCCUCAAAUCUAAAAGCAGCACCUUUCCCUACGCCAGAUCCGUCAAACGUCUCAAUCUUGGCUCUCUUGGAGGCAGCCUCUCAGAUGGUCUCUUGGAGGGAUUAGAGAACUGCUCUCGAUUGGAGAGACUGACAGUCACCAACACCGAUCAAGUGACUUCAGAUGGACUCAAGCAACUCGUACGAGGUUUGACCGAAUUGCACGCAGUAGAUUUUAGCGGAUGUUUCGGAGUGGACGAUUCGGUCGCCUUGACUUUGGCGGAAUCUUGUUCAAAACUGCAAGGUCUAAACUUUAGCAAAUGUGUUCAAGUGGGGGACGAAGGCAUCAAGGCCAUUGCAGAAAAGUGUUCUGGCUUGCGCAGGAUCAAAAUAGCAGGUUGCAGCCUUGUUUCUGACCAGUCACUCGUCAGAUUGGUUAUCAGUUGUCCCUUGAUCAUGGAGAUGGACCUCGCUUCUCUACCCUUGAUCAGAGAUUCGACACUCUACGCCAUCUUCCUCCAUUCGUCCUAUAUUCGCGAAAUAAAGCUGAACACAGUGAUACCCCCUCGCACAGCCACCGGCCCGACAGAUGCAGCAUUUGUCAACCUUGCCAGCAUGCGGGCAUUGGGCAAUCGACUCGAAGCUGAAGACUUUCUCGAGUCGUACCUUGCCGCCGGAGGUAUCGUCAAAGCGCCUUCGAGCUCGAACUUGUCGUACCUUCGUGUCAUUGACCUCACCGGCUCGAAAUUCCUCACGGACGCCGCUAUCGACCAACUCAUCAGUAACGCUCCGAAGCUCCGACAACUGGCCUUGACAAAAUGUGAAGAGUUGACAGACGCGGCCAUGACGAGCGUUGCGAGACUUGGAAAGCACCUUCAUCAUAUCCAUCUCGGCCAUGUGGCCAAACUCACCGACGAGGGCAUCAAGACGCUGGUUCACAGUUGUACUCGGAUUCGGUACCUUGACAUUGCUUGCUGUCCAUUGAUCACGGACCAAAGCAUUCACGAGCUCUCGCAGUCGCUUACCAAGCUUAGACGGAUCGGUCUAGUCAAAGUUGUCAAGCUGACCGACGAGGGCGUUUACUCCCUGACAUCUCGCCACGCCACCCUCGAACGGAUUCACCUAUCAUACUGCGAAAAUGUCUCGGUCAAGGCCAUCGCUUGCUUACUCAACCGGCUUCACCUCCUUGGUCAUCUCAGUCUCUCUGGCGUCACGGCCUUUGUCACGCCAGAACUGCAGCAGUUUUGUCGACCUGCUCCUCCUGGGCUGAAUGAGCACCAGACAGCAUCUUUUUGCGUCUUUUCGAGCAACGGUAUCGCUGCCCUGCGAAAUUAUCUCAAUUCUCGACUCGCAGCCGAGGCGUCUCAAUCGGAUGGAUCUGAGCGAAGUGGUUCCGUCUCGUCAUCUUCGUCUCUCACUGUCCCCGCCGAAUCGCCUCCUCCUGACCGAAGACCCGUGAUCAAUGUUCUCAAUACAAGACGAGCGGUUCCUUUCAGAUCCUCGAGGAGUACUCGAAACCGGUGGAGAGACACGACGGGUAUACCAGGCUCGGCAUUUUCCUCUUCAGCUACGUUUUUAACACCUGAAGUGGUAUCCACUCCGUUAGUCGGCACUUCCUCCCGCGAGGAAAGUAACGCCCACACGACUGCACAUCGGUUUAGCUCAGCUCCUCGGUCCGGAAGAGAAACAACGUAUCGAUCAUCCAUCUCAAAUUCGGCUUCGACUCCAAGGACGGAUGCGAGUUCUCGGUCAAUGAGGUAUACCCAGUCCAGCAGACAGGGUCAUCAAAGUCCCCAAAGUGACGAAGAGCGCAUGCCGGGACUGUAUGAGCAUACCAUUAUGCUUGAUCCCGACGCCAGAGAUCCACUCGAUCAAUUUGAUACGGCCGCUGAACCAUCUCGUGAAUUUCAUUCGCGAUCUCGCCCUUCAGCCGAAGGCCAACCCGCCAGAGAAGGUGAUCGUGUUGGUGUACCUAGUCAGACAGGGGCAACCUCGACGAUCCCCUCGUCGUCAUCUUCGCCUUUCCGAUGGGUCGUUGAAAGUUAUCGACAGCGAUGGGGAGGCGGCGGUGAUUCGGAGACGGUGGAUAGUUCUCUGCCGCCUUCGAGAGACUUGGUCAGAGAUCGUGGCCAUCACCCUAGGGGUCACCAGUGAGUGACCUGCUCCAGUGUUUCUAUAUUAGAUGAUAUGAGUUCGUAACCUGUAGCUACUAGUUGAUUCAUAUGCAUGAUAGCAU